GCCAGUAGUUAGAAUGAAUCCAAAGUGUAUUGGCAUGAUGUGGAUGUGUUGCAUUAUUCUAUUUUUAUUCGACAUUUGUGCGGUCGCCAGCAGACUGGAGUUUAAAAAUAUAAAAUGCACCAAUCUGGAUCGAAAAUUCUCUGAAUUCGAAGAGUGUUACCUGAAAGCCCAGAAUCGCACCUACAAGUACAUGUCCAUCAAGGUUAUUCUCCAUCAGAAACCAGUUACCCAAUUUAAGGUAAACUUUGAACUGUAUAAACGCUCCAAUGGACUACAGCCGAUCAGUUACAACACAACUUUGGAUGGCUGUAAGGAGUUCAGCAGCGCAAGGAAUCCCGUAACUACAUUUUUCCUUGGGCUGUUCCAAACGUACUCAAACAUCAAUCAUUCGUGUCCCUACAAUCACGAUUUGAUAUUGCAUAAGCUGCCCACCAAUUUUGUGCUGCAACAGUUCUCAACGUUUUUGCCCUUUCCCCCGGGCGACUAUGUACUCUCCAGCAACUGGAUCGCGUACGGCAUCAAUCGGGCUAAUGUCAGGGUGCAUGCCACGCUAAUUUAAU